AUGCGGUUAGACCUAGGAACGCGUAUCUUAAAUUGUACUACCUCGAUUAUUACGAGCAAUAGUAGUAGCAUUAUACUAGUAAGAAAGGGCGAGGACGCUAAUACUGAGGAUAAUAACGACGAUAAUAACGAGUAUACGCCUACGCUUGCCAAGGGCAAGGGCAAAGGCAAGGCAAAGUUGGCUACGUCUACUAAGAAGUCUAAGAAGGCUAAGAAGGCUAAGAAGGAGGAGAGCGAGGAGGAGGACAAGGAUAAGGACAAGAGCAAGGAGGAGGCUACUCUAGGCUUUAACCUAGAGGCGCUAACGCGUAGUAUAGUAGCGGCGAUACUAGCCGCUAUAACUCCUAAGAAGAAGAAGGGUAGCAAAUAG